CCUCCAGGUGUCUUACUUUUGGCUUACACAACCAAAAAUUACAAAGGUGAUACCUUCUUUUCAGGGAUGAUUCAUUUUUUAUUUGUGUAUAUUUCAGGUGUUCCAUUCCCACCAUCAGACCUCACGAUUACAGGUUGUUACAGCCGAACUACCACCAUUACAUGGAAAAAGGGACAAGAUAAUGAYGCRCCCAUCACCCACUUUGUCGUUGAACAAGAAUCCACCUACUUUCCAGAGGAAUGGCAUGUCAUUGUCAAUAUCACCGACCCCACAAAAACAUCUUAUACUCUGCAACUGACAGCUUGGGCAAACUUGACGUUUAGAAUGCGAGCUAUCAAUAAGAUUGGGCCCAGUCGAGCAAGCAUGCCGACACCAAAAGGACAGUGCGUUACUAGCGUGUUCAGGCCACUUAUGUUUCCCAAAAACUUCAGAGGAUUGCCAGGAAAAGCAAAUGAGCUUGAUAUUGCAUGGACGCCCAUGACCAAGCUUGAAGCCUGCAAUGGCCCAGGAUUGCAUUACAUCCUCAACUACUAUAAGAUUCUAGAUAACGGUCAGAAAGGAAAAGAACAGAAAGCAGUUAUCAUGGAUCCAACUGUUGAUCAUUACUCAAUUCCCAAUGCUGGCUACUACCAACUGUGGGAGUUCCAGAUUACGGCAAAGAAUGACGUUGGUGAAGGACCAGUCAGUGAUAUCGUUAAAUGUUUCUCAGGUCAAGAUGCACCAACAUCUAAACCAGAAAAUGUGAAAUUGGGGAACAUAUCUGCUCGUUCUAUUGAGUUAAUAUGGAAUCGAGUUAUCGUGACGAGGGAGAGUGUUGAUGGAUACAAUAUCUAUCAUUGGGAUCAAAGCAAGUUAGUAGAAACUCAUCGUCAAAAUAGAAAGACCCCAAUAGGUGCUAAAGUGUUCAAGGCCAUUUCAACUCCUGAAGAUAUUCAGAAGCAAAACGUCACUGGACUAAUCCCCUACACCAGCUAUACUCUGACAAUUAAAGCCUUUAACAGUGGAGGAGAGGGGCCAUCAAGCGAGGAGGUCAAGUUCGAUACUCUGGAAGAUUGUGAGUGGCCAUAUAGAAUUAUAAUUGAACUUUGUACAUGUAAUUGUGUGUUAUGACCAGAUGACAGCCAGUUUUGGUGAGGUGUUGAUGAAGGGUAACCUUUGGUUGGCCAACUAGUUGUCGUCACGCCAAUGUGUUGGCUGGCAAUAGACGACUUGCACUAACAGGUCAAGUGACCCCACCCCCUUAAAACGACCAAAUGAGUCAAAAUGAGCUCCAGAAAUGAAAAGAGCACCGCCUCAAAUUUAGUAAGAGGGCGAAGUUUCAGCUUGAAUUGUUGACUAUAGAAGAAAUGACAUUAAAUAUAAAAUCAAAGAUUUUACAAGGAUUUGUAAGGGAAAAGUGUUGGCUGGUAAGCUUUUGCCAUCCA